AUGUAUGUGACUCUCAAGAACUCACAGCAAGUGGUGGCGACAGCGGAUCUCGUGGAUGGACUCUACUGGCUUUGGACGACUCAACGAUCAGCGAAUGUAACAACAAGUGGAAACAGUGGUGCUGACCUACAUGUGCGAAAGGGUCACGCUCCAGUCGAGGCACUUCGCAGGAUGAUCACUACCAACAUGAUCAAGGAUGUGCGAGUCACUCUAAAUUCGGGUGGAGAAACUGCACGUCGAGGGUGUCGGCAAGGGAAAAUGGUCCAAAAACCAUUUCCAAGCAACCGAGACAAGCGCAGCUACAAUAAAUCCGAGCUGCUUCAGCUGGACAUCUGUGGUCUUAUGGAAAAUGAUUCGCUCGGUGGCAGCAAAUAUUUGCUGCUGAUCAUCGACGAAGCCAGUGGAGUAUGA